UCAUUUAUCUACUUUUAUCUUUAAUAAUUCAUUAACCUUCUUGAAGAAGUCACCAAGAAUUCAUAUAAAUUGACCUAAAAGAAAGCUCAUGUAUCAAUUCCACAGCUAAAUUCAUGCUCUUCUCUAGGUUCACAAGGCACCAGAAAGAUAUAGGUUGAUUUCUGCCUCAUUCUUAACAAGGAGAAUGGCUAAAAAGAAAACUGUUCUGAAAGUGGACAACAACAGCAAGAAAAGCCGGAAAGAGAUACUUAAAGCAGUGGCCAAAGUUGAAGGCGUAGAAAAACUGGAAAUGGAUGUCAAUAAGGGUACACUUACAGUUGUAGGGGAGGUUGAGCCAGUGCCACUUUUUAAGGCACUCAAGAAGAUUGGACAGAGCCCAGAAAUCAUGAAUGUAGGCCCGCCAAAACCGCAAAGAUGUGGGCCCUACUGCUACUGCAGUUCAUGUCGAUCAUCCGGUGAUCAACAGCAGAAAGAAGGGUGGAGCUACCCUGCAUAUCCGUGCUCAGUACCCUGCAAUAGGUCUUGGUGCAGGCACUGCGAGUUGGUUGCCGUGGAGUAUCCUCCCUAUUGUAAUGAUUCAGGGAUGUGCUCAAUUCAAUGAGAUAUUCCCUCUGUUUCAUGUAAAAACUUAGUAUUUCUAAUUUGUUGUUUCUUUCAUUUCUGAAGUUGGUGCGGUAGUUGGGUGUACAUAUUUAUAUACUCGGAAAUGUCAUAAACAAACAUAUAAUACAUUCAGUAUUUGACAAGUAUUCUUAUGUCUCAUCUCUCAUCUUGAAAACAUAUUUGGAGACAUAUGGUACAAUGUAUUCUGAUUUUGGUAAUGCUGUUAACCUAUGGUAUCAAGCAGUAGGCAUUAAGCAACCCUACUAAGUAUGAUUUUCAUCUUUUGUCAACCAAACGACCACUACGAUGUCUAGCAGACUAUCCAUGCCAUCCCCAAUCCCCCACAUUCCUUGGUU